AUGCAUGCUCCAACCGACAAACCAACUAUCGUCCGACUCAAGGCUUCAGAUCCCUCGGUAACAUCCGACAAAGCCAUUGAGAUCAUCAACCGUGACGGCGGAGUCAUCAUUGAAGGUCUCAUCUCUCGGGAAGAAGCCGAGCAAAUUAAACGGGAUUUGAAACCACAUUUCGACAACGACAUACCUGACAAGUCUGGCUUUUUCCCAUCGACCACCCAGCGUGCGACUGGUCUUUUAGGUAUCUCAGACUCAUGCGUCGAUCUGGCAUGCAAUCCAUUCUAUAUCGAUGUUGCCAAUAAAAUGGUGUCGUCUACUUUCAAGUACUGGAGAGAUGAUCAGCAGGUAACUUGCACUGGGAAGCCUAUUAUCUCCUCUACUGUUGGGUUCCGGGUAAACCCUGGUGGGAGGCAACAGGUUCUGCACCGUGAUGAUAAUGAUUAUCAUCCCACCAACGAAAUGAUGCCUUGUAUGAUCGGGUGUGUUACGGCAUUGACGAAGACGACAAAAGAGAACGGUGCGACAAUUGCUAUCCCGGGCUCUCACUUGUGGGGUCCUGAACGCCGGCCGUACAACGAAGAAGCUGUUCCUGCUGAACUAGAGCCCGGUGAUGCAUUCAUUUUUCUGGGCAACACUUAUCACGCUGGUGGCGGUAACACUACGCAAGACGAAUAUCGCGAGACAGUAGGCAUCUUCCUCUGCAAGCCAACACUACGACCUGCGGAGAACCAGUUCUUGAUGGUUCCGCUAGAACGAGUAAGAAAUUUGAAGCCACAGGCUCAGAGGUUGCUUGGUUACGGUGUUUGCGACCCGGGGGUUGGUUUCAUGGAUUAUCAAGACCCGAUGAGGGUUCUGUUCGGGGUAGAGGAUGAAGAGACUUAUGACAUGUGA